GUUUAUCGAUACUUUCCCUUGCGUUUCAACAUGGCGUCUCCGAUCGCCUUUCGUCUUGGAUUGAAAAACGCCGGUAGAUUAGCAAGUUUUCUUUCUGUAACACCAAAGGGUAGAACCGGCAUAUUGGCCUGUAAACGGUAUGGAUCAACAGCUCUCUCGUAUGAACAGUCAUUAUACAAUGUGCCAGAGACUAAAGUUACCACCCUUUCAAAUGGUUUGAAAGUUGCUACAGAAGAUUCAGGACUUUCCACAGCUACGGUGGGUCUUUGGAUUGAUGCAGGUAGCAGAUUUGAAACAGAAAAGAAUAAUGGAGUUGCACAUUUUCUUGAACAUAUGGCAUUCAAGGGUACAAAGAAUCGCUCACAGAUGGAUCUGGAGCUGGAGGUGGAGAACAUGGGAGCGCAUCUGAAUGCUUACACUUCCCGAGAACAGACUGUGUAUUAUGCUAAGGUGUUCAGUCAAGACAUUCCUAAAGCUGUAGACAUUCUAGCAGACAUCAUUCAGAAUUCAACUCUUGGUGAGGCAGAAAUUGAAAGAGAAAGAGGUGUCAUCCUGCGUGAAAUGCAGGAAGUUGACACACAGCUAGAGGAAGUGGUGUUUGAUCAUCUUCACGCCACAGCCUACCAGGGCACUGCCCUCGGAAGGACCAUUCUUGGCCCCACUCAUAAUGUCAAGACCAUAACUCGGGAUGAUCUUGUAGAAUACAUUAGUAAACAUUACAGUGCUCCAAGAAUGGUUCUUGCGGCUGCUGGAGGUGUUGACCAUGAUGCACUAGUAGAACUUGCAGAAAAACACUUCAAUGGUUUGAGAUCAACGUAUGAAUCACAGGAUGUGUUACAGCCAUGCAGAUAUACUGGCAGUGAGAUCCGUUUCCGUGACGAUGACAUGCCAUUGGCUCAUGUUGCCAUUGCUGUCGAGGGCUGUGGCUGGACUCAUCCUGAUUACUUUGGGUUGAUGGUCGCUAAUAUGCUGAUUGGCAGCUGGGACAGAUCUUUCAGUGCUGGAAGAAACAUCAGUAGCAAGCUUGCACAGGAUAUGGUUCAAUAUAACUUGGCCCAUAGCUUCAUGUCUUUUAAUACCUGUUAUACAGAUACUGGACUCUGGGGUCUCUACUUUGUAGCUGACAAGAUGAAGAUUGAAGAUACAACAUACUGUCUUCAGAAGGAAUGGAUGCGUAUCUGCACCAGUAUUACAGACCACGAGGUGGCUCGUGCUAAGAAUCUGCUGAAAACCAACAUACUCAUGCAGCUAGAUGGAUCGACUCCCAUCUGUGAGGAUAUUGGACGACAAAUGCUGACAUAUGGCCGACGUAUUCCCUUGCCAGAACUCGACAGAAGAAUUGAGAUGAUUGAUGCUAAGAUGGUUAGAGAAAUCGCCUCAAAAUACAUCUAUGAUCGCUGUCCCGCAGUCGUUGGAGUCGGUCCAAUUGAUCAGCUUCAGGAGUAUAACAGAAUUCGAGGAGCAAUGUACUGGUUGAGGUUUUAGACUCAAGUCUGUGGUCUUUACCCACGUUUAAUAUUCUGCUUCUGUACAAAUUAAGUGAAAGGAAAUUUUGUGGCCGUUAUUCAUGGUUUGUGCUGUGUGCAACUUUGAUCUGUAAAAACUUCAACAAUGGUUCCGGCAACUCCGUUGGACCUGUUUUAAUAAAAUUCGAAUUCACACUUC